CCGCCUACAACUACACGAAGUAGCUAUCAACUACAACCAUCAUGUCUGAUUGUACGUGACAUCUAUCGACUUAGCCAUCCUUUCUACCAUUCUAUAUUGCCCCAAAUCAUGGCCUCGUUACCACCUCGCGCGGUCUCCCAGCGUCGACCGUCGCCGCGUGAUGAUUCCGCCUCCUUGCAACAGCAGACGCCCGCCCGAACAGGCAGCUCUUCCACGACAUCUGAAGACUCGCAAACUGUCUUGCUCAACUCUCCCUCUUCCUCAUCUAGAAGUGCGCACAACACCGACCUAGAGUUCUCUAGAAUAUCGCAUCCACACACCACGGACGAACCACCGCAGCCGAUUACAGAACCUCGGAGAUGUUGGAUAUGCUUCAGCGAUGAGACUGAAGAUGAUGAGAACACAUCUGAAUGGCGCUCUCCAUGUCCAUGCGUCCUCGAAGCUCACGAGAAAUGUCUUCUGGAUUGGAUUGCGGAUAUGGAAGCCCCAAACUCGAGAAGACGUGCCGGAAGUCACCAGAGUAAGAUUUUGUGCCCGCAAUGCAAGUCAGAGAUUCGACUAGAGCGCCCAAGUAGUUUGAUUUUGUCUGGCGUGCGGGCGAUAGAAAUGGCAACCAGCCUAUUUCUGUUGCCUGGCACACUCCUCACGGUCGGAAGCGCCGCCUACUCGACCCUGGCACUUGUCGGACGAGCACAUGUGUACCAGAUAUUCGGUACACAGGAUGCUUUGCAAAUACUAGGACCGCUUUAUGAAGCACCGGAUAUACACAACAACUCGCUAGGUGCACGGUUUUUGAUUGAGCUGCGAGAUCACUGGCGACUGCAUCUUGGGCUUCCAAUGAUCCCCACGGCGCUCAUGUUGAGCAGGUCGACGUUUGCAGACUCAUUCCUGCCGUUCCUACCCCUUGUGUUUUUCGUUGGUAACGGCGGGUCCAGAGAUGAGCUACUCCAAGUUUCAUGGCCCCCGAGUGCCGCCUUCACGAUGGCACUGCUUCCCUACGUCCGUGGCAUGUAUAACACAUACUAUGAGAUGGUCUGGCUCCCUAGAGAAAGAAGAUGGCUCAAGGAAAUACAACCCCGCGCUGACGCCGAUGUGGGUAACGACAUAAAUGCCGAAGUUGACGGAGGUGAUGAAGAUGGGAACGUUGUCGAAGAAGCAAUUGAGCUGGAAGUCGACUUGGGCAUAUUUGGAGAUUGGAACAAUGGUGGAGCAGCAGACAACAACGGCGCCGAUGAAAAUCCACCGGUACCGGUCGCACGCGGGCCUGGCAAUCCACCAGAGGUGGCUCCAGUGGGUGACAUGGACGCUGACGAGGCACCACCUGUCGAGGCAGACAAUGCUGCCCCCGCACCGAACGUUCCCCAGGCCGUACCCCAGGCCCAACCAGCUGUUCCUCUGGAACAACGUGUUCGUCGUGAGCGAAAUAUCGCUUUCAGCGCCACUUCUUUUGCACAGACUAUCCUUGGUGCAGUUGUCUUUCCCAGCAUUGCCGCAGCAGUUGGAGAGGCACUAAAGCUGGCACUGCCGAAGAGCAUGGUCAAUCCUCCUUCCACAGGAAAGCCAACAGGUUUCUUGCAGACGAAAUGGGGUCGGAGCAUUGUGGGUGGAUGCCUUUUCGUCGGCAUCAAAGAUGCCCUUAUGCUCUACGUGCGAUGGAAGAUGGCACAGAAUCACCGCAUGAGGAGGGUGCUGGAUUAUGAUCGCAGCAGAACUAAAGGCAGGAAUAAAUAAUAGGUCACUGUUAUCGACCGCACUUUGUAGAAACAGCAUGGCCGUAUAAUGAUUGUUAACGAGUAGGCAUAACCACAAACGUGAGACGGCAUGGCAUUCGUGAUGAGCACAAUCUCGCUUGUAGUAUAGAUAGGUUCACUACUUUAUAUGGAAUAAAUGAAUCGACAUCAGGCCUACCGCUUGAAUAGUUGCUCAAUGU